UACUUCACUACUUAAAUUAACCCAACAAAAAAAUUAAUUCUUUAUCUCUCUUUUAUUUCUAUCGAAAUCUGUUAAAUAAAAAUCCCCUCCCCCUUCUUUCGUCCAAGAAAUCCAGAGAUCUUUCAAUCUCUCAAUUUCACAGAUCGGGGGUUUAAUCGCGGGGAAUUCACCAUGUUUAACCGGCUUUUAGGAAAACCCAAACAGGAACCAAAUGCUCUAACCUCAUUAGAUAAAUUACACGAGACCCUCGAAAUGCUAGAGAAAAAGGAAAAAGUACUUCUGAAGAAGGCUUCUGCAGAGGUUGAAAAGGCCAAGGAAUUCACCAAAGCGAAAAACAAGAGAGCGGCUAUACAAUGCUUGAAGAGAAAAAGACUAUAUGAACAGCAAAUUGAACAGCUUGGAAACUUCCAGCUUCGUAUUCAUGAUCAGAUGAUAAUGUUAGAAGCUGCUAAAGCCACAACUGAGACUGUAGAUGCAUUGAGAAGUGGAGCAUCUGCAAUGAAGGCAAUGCAGAAAGCAACGAAUAUAGAUGAUGUUGACAAAACAAUGGACGAGAUCAAUGAACAAACCGAGAACAUGAAACAGAUUCAGGAAGCACUUUCAACUCCCAUUGGAGCUGCUGCUGAUUUUGAUGAGGAUGAAUUGGAAGCGGAACUCGAAGAACUUGAAGGUGCUGAGUUGGAAGAACAGCUUCUCCAGCCUGCAACAACUGCUCCUGCUCCUGCAGCUGCGGUGCAGGCUCCUGCUGGCAGGCAACCAGCUCAUAAUGCUCCAAAGCGCACAGCUGAGGAAGAUGAACUCGCAGCAUUGCAGGCUGAGAUGGCACUUUAAGGUAAUUCACUCUUAGUUCAGUUUAUUCUAGGGAGAAUUACAGAUGGAUCUUAUGGACUACUGCUCUGACAAAUGGAGUUCACCAUAGCCAGCCAUGAUGGGACCAUUAUUUGAUGCUAAUUAUUUGAUUUUAUUAUAUAUUUUUGUUAUUCAGGCGUCUAGUAGAGAAUUGGUUUUGUUCAUGUUGCAAAACAUGAGAGAGAAGCUACCACAUUGUAUUAUUGAAUCGUGCCUUUUAAAUUUGUAUGGCAUUAAUUGUUCAAAACAUUCAAUGUACAUAAAAGAUUGCAAGAACUUAAAUAAAGGUUGCAUUAUUUUCUAUGAAUAA